AUGGAGCCUCAGGGCAAAAGACUACUUGCAGCAAUUGUCGAUGACAACGCGCGCAGGAAUCCAGACAGACGGCUUGCGGUCAUUCCGCGAGGACCAGAGCUGGCUGAUGGGUUCCAGGAUUUGUUCAUCAAGGACUUAGCUCGAGCAGUGAACUUCCUGUGUGGGUGGAUUGAGAGGACGGUGGGACCGACACACUCCCAGGAGACGUUGGCGUAUGUAGGGAGCAACGAUGUGCGCUACUGCGUCUUCAUUUUGGCAUGCCAGAAGCUUGGCUACCAGGCUUUCUUACCUUCUACGAGAAAUUCAGAUGAGGCUCACCUUCAUCUAUUGAAGGCGACAAACUGCAACAAGUUCUUCUAUGGAGAAGAGCGACAGGGUCGAGUCCUUGAAAUCCAGUCGCUCUCUCCGAGUAUGAACAUAUUUCAGAUCCCAAGUUUACAUACAAUGCUUAAAGAUGAGAGUGGACUGCGCGUAUAUCCAAGUAAAUCCUUUGCGGAAGUGGAAGACGAGACGUCGGUGAUCAUCCACAGCUCGGGGACAACCGGCAUGCCAAAGCCGGUUUAUCUGACAAACGGCUUUUUUGCGGCUCUGGACGCCCUGGCUUUACUUCCAUGGCCUACAGGUCGUCAACCGACUCCGUUCUUCCACCUGGCCAUGAACGACCUCCUGCUGGCCACGUCGCCGCUUUUCCAUCUGAUGGGGCUUCUGGCCUUUGUCUUUGCUAUGUUCGGCCAAUAUUCUGUUUUGCUUGGUCCUGAUAAGCCACUCUCGGUCGAAUACUUGACAGACCUUGUGCGCUUAAUCCGGCCUACCCGCGCAAUCUAUCCCCCGUCCGUCCUGGAGGACAUGAGCCAUUCUGAGGAAGCACUGACCUGUCUAAAAGAACUCCAGAUGGUUUAUUUUGGAGGGGCCCCACUGGCUACCGAGACUGGGGAGCGAGUGCGCCAGUAUACCCAUCUCGUCACCGUGAUCGGGUCCAGUGAAACCGGCUUCACGCCGUCGCUAAUACCGGAAGAUCCUGCUGAUUGGGGGUACUUUGAAUGGAACUCGUCAGUCGGUAUCGACAUGCAGCAUACGGGCGAAGGCCUGUACGAGCUGGUCAUUUUGCGUCUGCCAAAUGCCCGGGAUAUCCAGAGCAUCUUUCACACCUUCCCCAACCUCAAUGCGUACCGCACCAAUGAUCUUUACACCCAACACCCCACGAAACCAUAUCUGUGGAAGUUCUAUGGUCGACAAGACGAUGUGAUUGUGUUGAGCAACGGCGAGAAGUUCAACCCGGUCACAAUGGAAACGAUCAUCGAGGGACACCCGCUCGUUUCCAAGGCCGUCGUGGUCGGCCAGUCCAGAUUCCAGGCCGGGCUUCUCGUGGAGCCAAAUCCGAAAGUGCCAGAAAUGAACCCCAAGCUUCUCAUCGAUGAGAUCUGGCCAACGGUGCAGGUUGCGAAUCAGACGAUUGCCGCCCACGGUCGGGUAAUGAAGAGCAAGGUUGGACUCGCAUCCAAGACCAAACCAUUCAAACUUACGCCGAAGGGAACUACCCAGCGGCGGGCCGUGGUUCGGGAUUAUGAGAAGGAGAUUGAUGCAAUCUAUGCAGCGGGCAUGGAGGAGGACUUGAAUGUCUCUGUCCCGGAGACCCUGAAUCAAGACAGUAUCACCGACUUCACGCGCCAAAUCAUCGCACGAGUGCUGGAAAAAGACCUCUCAAGUACCCAGGACUUCUAUGGUGCAGGAUUGGACUCACUGAUGACGAUUCAAGUCUCGCGAGUGUUGCAAAAAAGCUUGCAACGGCGUCGACCAGAUUUGAAAGCAGGCCUGAUCACGCCGCAAACAGUCUAUGCCAAUCCAACUACGGAGCAGUUGGCCCAGGUCAUUGACGGUAUUCUACAGGGAAAGACUCAAGCCGGUCUCCCCCGAGCAGAGAAAAUCCAGCGCUUGGUAGAAAGGUAUACGGAAGACCUUCCUGUCAACCACGAGGGCGAAAAUUCUCAUCAGAUUCGGCCCGUGUCACCCACGACGAUAAUCCUAACCGGGUCGACGGGUUCGCUGGGCACUUACCUCCUUCAUGCCCUGCUCAGCAACCCGUCCGUCUCAAAGGUGUACUGUCUGAAUCGUUCCGAGGCCAAUUCUGGGCAACAGAAGAGCUUCGAAGAAAAGGGCCUGGAUCUCGAUGUUCGCGACUGGAAGACCCGGAUCGAGUUCUUCCAAGUCUCAUUUGGCGAGCCACGAUUUGGGUUGGACGAAGCCAAAUACCAAGAACUACUGGAUUCCGUCGAUACCAUCGUCCACAAUGCCUGGAAAGUCGACUUCAACCACGCCGUCGAGUCGUUCGAAGAAACCCAUAUCAGGGGUGUGCGCCACUUCGUGGACUUUAGCCUGAGCAGUCGACACCAUGCUCAUCUCCACUUUGUGUCCUCGAUCAGCACCGUCGGCGCCUGGACUCCUGAGAUGGGAUCAGCGAUCCCCGAGUUGCCAAUGGACAGUUCGGUGGUUUUACAUCAGGGUUACGGCGAGUCCAAGCAUGUGGCCGAGUGUAUUUGUCUAGAGGCAUCGCGACGAUCUGGCGUUCCCACGACGGUCUAUCGCGUCGGGCAGAUUGCUGGACCAACGACCCCUCGCGGACAAUGGAACCCACAUGAAUGGCUGCCGACGAUCAUCGCGACCUCCAAGGCCAUGGGCAAAAUCCCCAAUCGACUGGGGCCGAUGGCGGUGGACUGGGUCCCGGUGGACACCCUCUCUUCGAUCAUGAUCGAGAUAGUCCACACACGUCAUUCCGCGCCCAGCAAGAAUCCCUGGGCGGUGUUUCAUCUCACCAACCCAGAGCGAGCCGAAUGGACGUCGCUCAUCCCUGCGAUUCAAAAGCAAUACCCGGUCGAACCUGUCGAGUUUGCCGCUUGGGUGGCAGAGCUCGACAGUAUCCCGAACCCCAGCAGUGCCGAGGUCGCCGAGAAACCGGCUCUCAAGUUGCUGGACUUUUACCGCGGACUCCAAGACGACGCCAGUGCCUUGUCGGUGACAUUGGAUGUGCAGCGCGCCAAAAAAGCGAGCGUGACUAUGAGGUCCUUGGGGCCCGUCUCGCCGACUCUCAUGGUGAUCUGGCUGCAGCAGUGGCAGUUCUAA